AUGGCUGAAAUUCUCAUCUCCUUGAUGGGGCUUCUUCUCUUAUGCAUAUGCAUAGAAAUAAUGACGAUGACAGCAGAAGCAGAAUGCAUGAAAUAUAAGGACCCCAACCAGCCCUUAAAUACUAGAAUCAAUGAUCUACUGAGCCGCAUGACCUUGGAGGAAAAGAUUGGACAAAUGACGCAGAUAGACCGGAGUGUUGCUUCACCUGAAGUGAUGUACAAGUACAAGAUAGGGAGUGUUUUGAGUGGGGGUGGGAGUGUGCCAGCAAAAAAUGCUUCUGCAGAAACUUGGAUUAGAAUGGUGAAUGAUUUUCAAAACGGAUCUUUGUCGACUCGGCUUGCUAUUCCACUGAUUUAUGGUAUUGAUGCCAUUCAUGGCCACAACAAUGUCUACAAGGCAACAAUCUUCCCUCACAAUGUUGGACUGGGAGCUACUAGGGACCCUGACCUUGUUAAGAGGAUUGGAGCUGCAACUGCGCUUGAAAUUAGAGCUACAGGAAUUCAUUAUACCUUUGCACCUUGUGUAGCGGUUUGUAGAGAUCCAAGAUGGGGUCGUUGUUACGAAAGCUACAGUGAAGAUCCUAGGCUUGUUCAAGCAAUGACUGAGAUCAUACCUGGAUUACAAGGAGAGAUACCAGCUAACUCUAGAAAGGGUGUUCCCUAUGUAUCAGGAAACGAUAAGGUUGCAGCUUGUGCAAAGCAUUAUGUGGGAGAUGGUGGAACAGCCAUGGGUAUCAAUGAGAAUAACGCUGUGAUAGAUAGACAUGGCUUACUGAGCAUUCACAUGCCACCCUAUCCCAGUGCAAUUAUCAAGGGUGUCGCAAGCGUUAUGAUAUCUUACUCGAGCUGGAAUGGAGUUAAGAUGCAUGCUAAUCGUGAACUUAUCACCGGCUUCCUUAAGGGUACUCUCGGUUUCAAGGGUUUUGUCAUCUCAGAUUGGCAGGGUAUUGACAUGAUUACUUCUCCCUCUCAUUCCAAUUACUCAUACUCAAUUAUGAAAGGAAUCAGUGCUGGCAUUGAUAUGAUCAUGGUUCCAUACAACUAUACAGAAUUCAUCGAGGGUCUGACUUUCCGGGUGAAAAAUAAAAUCAUCCCCAUGAGCAGAAUUGAUGAUGCUGUGAAGAGAAUUUUGCGGGUUAAGUUCACAAUGGGGCAAUUUGAGAAACCGUUGGCUGAUCUAAGACUGGUCAGCCAGCUCGGCAGUCAGGAACAUAGAGAAUUGGCUAGGGAAGCAGUGAGGCGAUCUCUAGUGCUUCUAAAGAAUGGUGAAUGUGCUGAGAAGCCAAUACUACCCCUUCCCAAGAAGACAUCAAAAAUUCUUGUAGCUGGAACUCAUGCAGAUGAUCUUGGUUAUCAGUGUGGUGGUUGGACCAUUGAGUGGCAGGGACACAGUGGCAACAACCUCACACAAGGUACCACAGUUCUAUCUGCCAUAAGGAACACAGUUGCACCAGAAACCAGAGUAGUGUACAAGAAAAAUCCUGAUGCCAAGUUUAUGAAGUCAAAUAAUUUCUCCCAUGCCAUAGUGAUCGUAGGAGAACCACCCUAUGCCGAAGGAGCUGGUGACAACCUAAACUUAACAAUCCCUAAAUCUGGCCGAAGAGUCAUCAGAAAUGUUUGUGGUGCAUCGAAAUGUGUUGUUUGCCUCAUCACCGGCCGUCCUGUAGUGAUCGAACCAUAUCUUUCCAUUAUAGAUGCUCUUGUUGCAGCUUGGCUUCCAGGGACUGAAGGCCAAGGAGUUGCUGAUGUUUUGUUUGGUGACUAUGGCUUCACUGGCAAGCUUCCUCGCACCUGGUUCAAAUCUGUGCAUCAGCUGCCUAUGAAUGUUGGAGAUCCAGAUUAUGAUCCUCUCUUUGCUUAUGGAUAUGGCCUCACUACACAACCCACCAAUGCCAACUAG